GAAUAAAGCCUAAUUUAUACUUAUGUCGCCGACACUUUUGAAAUGGUCGCAGACGGAAAAAAAAAGUGUCGCUCAGGCUGCUGCAUUUAUACUUCGGCAAACAGUCGCCUGUGCUCAAGGUUCGCGUGACGUAAACAGAAUCAUUUUACCGUUACAUUCAUAGCUAUGGUUACAUUGUUAACGCUUUGUAGCCUAGGUGAUCAAUCGAAGAAAAUGGCUGCAGCUAAUUUUGAGAGAGAGGGAGAGAGAGGGGUUGGAGGAAUAAUAGAGACCAUGUCAGUGGAGGAGGAAUUUGAUUUAUUAGAGGAGGAGGAAUUACUAACAGAAUUGCUGUUAGCGAGAGAGCAGGGGCACAGAAGGGAGAGACGAUGGUGUGUUCGUCCUCUUAACAGGAGUCGAGAGAGCCGGGGAGAGUAUCAGCUCGUAAAGCAGAUGAGGGAAAUUGACCCAGAAAUGCACUUCAGAUACUUCAGAAUGUCAGCCAGUAGGUUCGACGAUUUGGUCCACCGCAUCCGUCCCUACAUCCAGCGUGCCAGCACCCACUCAUCACCUGUUACUGUAGCAGAGAGGUUGGCCGUCACACUCCGUAUCCUGGCUAGUGGGGGCUCACAACAGAGUGUGGCUGCUAGCUACCGACUAGGGUCGGCCACAGUCUCAAGCAUCGUGUCCGAAGUUUGCCAGGCCAUACACAUGGCACUGAAAGAUGAGUUCAUCCCCUACCCAUCCAGAGCUGGGUUCCAGGAGAUAUCAAGGGAUUUCUGGCGGAUGUGGAACUUCCCCAACUGCAUCGGUUGCAUUGACGGGAAGCAUGUGCAGAUCAAAGCCCCUCCAUCCGCCGGCAGCGAAUAUGUCAAUUAUAAGGGAACACACUCCGUGGUGUUGAUGGCAGUUUGCGAUGCCCAGUACCGAUUCACCAUGCUGGACGUUGGAGCCUACGGGAGGCAGAGCGAUGGGGGGAUUUUUCAAGCCAGUCGGUUUGGGCACGGGCUUCUCCAGGGGACACUCGAUCUUCCUCCGCCAGACGAUCUUCCUGGAAGUACAGUGCCUAUCCCACACACCUUUUUGGGAGAUGCUGCUUUCCCCCUACACGCAAAUCUGAUGCGUCCCUACGGUACCAAUCUUGAUGAAGGUAAAAAAAUCUAUAACUUCAGGCACUCAAGAGCCAGGAGGGUGAUCGAAAACCCAUUUGGAAUAAUGUCUGCGCGAUGGAGGGUCCUAGGUCGGCCCAUCGAGUUCCAUCCAAAGAAGGUGGUUGAUGUGGUCAAUGCCUGUGCGGCUCUCCACAACUACCUGUGUUACACAGACGCUGCAAACUCCUUGGCCACUAGGUAUAUCCCACCAAACUUUACUGACACAGUGUCAGCAGCUCAGGAGAUCCAGCCAGGGGAGUGGAGACUGGGGUUGCCGGGGACAAUAACCUCAUGGAUAUUGGGCGUCUGUCAAACGCGAGGGCAUCCCAAGCUGCCGUUGCCACCAGGGAUGACCUCAAGAUGUUUUUUCAAUCAACACAGGGUCAGGUACCCUGGCAGCUUGACCACAUCAGAAGAGGUCUCCUCAAUCCCCACCCGCCACAACAAUAACUGCAAUAAUAAAUAAUAAUAUACUGCAAUAAUAAAUAAUAAUAUACAUCUCAUCAAAAUCUUUGAUUUCUUUUUUUAUUGUGAGACUACUCCUCUGUAUUUUGCCCUGCUUGCUCCAUCUCAAAUAGGAGUUUGUGUAUGGCAAACUUUGCUUCGCUCUUCUUCUGUGGAGGCAGUUUUUGGAGCAUGCUGGCCACCAUGUUGCCAAAAACUGUCCUCAUUCUCUGCUCUGGCCUGUCUCUCCUCCCGGAUCCUCCGUAGCU